GAGAUACCUGGCGUUGUGUGUUGGUGACACGAGAAUUCGGUUUGACCUCCAAGCACCACUGGGACCUCUGGUGAAGACCAGCCGUGGAAAGAAAAAAAAUGCAGUCAACCCAAAGACACUCCGUUUUCUGUCACAGCUGCUGUCAUUUCAUGUCAGCUCAAUCAACGUGAUGGUGUUAAACUUGGCACUGUCAGAGUCUCUGUGGCAUAUGACUGUUACAGGUAUCACCUUGUUACUCGACCAUCAAAGUAAAAGGUUAGCAUGGAACUUCUCAGUGGGGCAGCUCAGCAGUAAAGUGCUCAAAAGCAGUGAACUGGAUAUAUGUUUGGCUGAGUUAGCCCUGAGCCUGCUGCUGUCUGGAGAUGUGAGCCUACCAGAGAUGAAGCCUGGCUCUCUGUCCCUGAACGUGAGGACGCUUACAGCCGAGCUGCACGAGGGCUUGUUCCUCAGCCAACAGCUGCUGCCCCCCAUCGCUACAAAGAACCAAGACCAUCCCGUGUCUGAGUGUGAAGAGGAUGACUUCAUUCAGACUGAAGCUGUCGAACAGUUUCACCAGCUGCUUCCCCACCAAGUGGACGUGGAAUUUGAAAAUACAAACGUCAUCCUGUCCAUGCACAGCCAGAAACGACACUUGAACUGGACUCUGAAGUCCUUGAAGAUGUACUACGGGCGCGACGACGAGCAGCAGCCUCUGAAAAGCUUCACUCCUGAGCUGAGCUUCCCUCAGAGCAGCCUGGAGCUUCUCCUCGAGGAUGGGCUGCUCCUUUCUCAGAGCAGGCAGAGAAUUCUGUGUGUGAACAGUCUCAAGACGACCUUACAGGCUACAUCGAUUGACAUCUCCGGAUCAUUCACAGUCAACACCUGCAUCAUUCACUACCGUCACCAGGAGUUCUCCCAUUGGUUGAAUUUGUUUCCAUGGCAACAGCUUUUACACAGGAAGACGACACGCAAAAAUAGACCAUUAGAUUGUUUUCCCAUCCUCCUCUUCCUCAGGCGCCUCCCUCACCUGGAUGCUCCUGUGAUGAUCUCCACCUCCGUGUUCAACAUUAAUGUGUCCGUUCAGCUGGGAGACACAACACCUUUUGCUCUUGGCUUCAUUUCUGCUAAUGCAGAACUGCAGCAUCUUCUCGACCUGAAAGUCGACAAAGACAGCUCAGAGUCUCAGAACCUGCACCAACGAGCUUCACUGUUCUUGGAUAGCUUCUGGUGGAGGGUUGGUCAGGGCUCUCAUAUCCAACAGGCCCCCCACCCUCCUGGUAAACAUGUGUGGGGGGAAGCACUGAUUCUGGACUCCUUAAGUCUUCAGGGGAGUUUUAACCGACUUGUCUCGGAGUCGAGUGGCCAUCCUCCGAGCCUGAGUGUGGAGUCCAACCUGAAAGGUCUUCAGGUGGAGCUGUCAGAGACGUGCGCGCUGUGUCUCUCCCGCCUGAUGUCCCUCAUGUGUUUUACUCGGGACUCUGAGCCGCAGCUGUCAGGUGCAGUUGCGGCGUCUCCCUCUUCGGACAAAACUGCCCCUCCGAGCUCCUCCUCACAGCUGCACCUCCUCUUCAGAAUGGACUGCUGUCUGGAAGAUGUUGAUGUAUUCACAGUCUCCAAUGUAGCGGGAGCUGUGUCUCUGCGGAUGGACACCGUCAGUGUCCUGAGCUCUACUGAAAGCUCCAGAGUGUCUCUUCAGGGAAUGAGCUUGUCUGCAGGUAAAACGCUCACAGAGAACAUGGAACCAUGCUGCUCUGCUUCCCAGACCAUCAACCCCGUAAUCAAACUCACCACAAUAACCAUCUGCUACCACAUCACCACCCACACCUUACAGAUUCAGUGUGAAGAGGAGCUCACUGUCAACUGGACUCCACUGGACCACAUGGUCUUGUUUCAGCACUUGACUGAAGCUCAGGCUUGUUGGGGUUUACUUUUUGGAGAGAAGAGAGAGAUGAAGUCCGUCACGCCUUUGGACAGUGAAGCUGCGUCGGGUCAUAGCAGAAUCUUGUCCGUACGUGUUGAAAUGGGAGCUACUCGUUUAACGGCUCAUGUUAGUGAGGAGAACUAUAUUCUGCUGCACGCUGACGCCCUCACGAUCUCAAAGCACGCUGGUUCCAUGCACCUACACUCCCCUUCACUCAUUUUCAACUUCGACGGCAACAACAUCGUCUCCUUUAACGAGCUGGAUGUGGAAACGAACGAAGAGCUGACUGAGAUGCAGCUGCAUCGAGAUGCAUUUCCUUUCCUGACCACUCCUCACAACCGUGUGUGGGUCUUCACCUGCCCAUCAUUAUCCGUGGAGUUUCCUUACCAGUACAACUUCUCAAACACUUUUGACAUGGCCAUUAAUGUGCAGAAGUGGUUGAAGACCCUCCAUCGUCCCCACCGUCCGUCCUCCUCUGAGCAGCGUCUGCCUCCCGACCUCGUAUUCAAAAUCAGCCAGUUCUCGUUCGUCUUCCUCGACGACGUCUUUGAAAUCAAGCUGCGAGACAACUACGAGCUCAUGAAGGAUGAGAGUAAAGAGAGCGCGAAGCGUCUGCAGCUUCUGGACAAGAAAGUGGCAGAACUGCGAAAGCAGCACGGAGAGCUUCUGCCUGCCAGGAAGAUAGAGGAGCUUUACAGUUCGCUGGAGAAAAAGCACAUCGAGAUCUACAUCCAGCGCUCACGUCGCCUCUAUGCAAACACACCCAUGAGGAAGUCUCUGCUGACUUGGACUGUGUCCGAUUUGGAGCUAGUGGUUCUGGCUGAUGAGGCUCUUCAUGGACCAGAGAAGGUUAUUGAGCAGAUGAGAGACAUUGACAAGAUCAGUCCCUUCCCCAGAGACGGACUCCCUCUGGUGGUUCAGUGGUGCCGCGCUGUCAAGUUUAAACUAGCUACGUUUUUGGUGAGAAUCCGGGACUACCCUCGCUACCUCUUUGAGAUCGGGGACUGGGAGCUGUCGGGGCGUCUGAUUGGGACAGAGCAGGACGGACAGGCAAGAGCUCAUCGUAAAGAGACCGUCUCACUUGGUGCACCGUGGGGAGAUGUGACAGUCCACAGAAAUAUGCCUCCACUCAAGUUUUACUAUAAUUUUAAAUCCAAUAUCUCUCAGUAUACCAUCGUGUGGGGGCCAUGUUGGGACCCUGCCUGGACUCUGAUUGGACAGUCGGUGGACCUGCUGACCAAACCCACAGUUGAUCCCUCGCCUCUCCUGGCCUGGUGGGACAAAAGCCGCCUCCUUCUACACGGACACUGGGCCAUGAACAUCGAGCACGCUAAUCUUCAUCAGCUAGCUACAGAGGACCCUUAUAACACGACAGAAAACCUGCACUGGGAAUGGAACAAGUUGAACUUUGACUGGAACCCAGGGCAGUUCAUUUUUAAAGGGGAUUUAGACUUAAACGUCCGGACAGCAUCAAAGUAUGAUGAUAUCUGUUUUCUGCAUCUGCCCAACCUGUGUAUGACCCUUGACCUCCAAUGGCUCUGCCAUGGAAACCCCCAUGACCACCAUGCUGUGAUGCUGUGCUGCCCAGAGAACAUUGCUGAUGUGACCUCAGGACAGCCUCAUGACUCCUACAGAGCCUUUCGCUCCGAGAACCUUAACCUCUCAAUCACCAUGGAUCUCAACCAGCAUUGUUCAGCUGAAUCCUCCCAGCCCAAAAUCUUACUAUACAGCAGCACUCUGCGCUGGAUGCAGAACUUCUGGGCCACCUGGACGAGUGUUUCCCGACCAAUCUGCAGAGGCAAGCUCUUCCACAGCCUCAGACCAGUCCGCAAGAAGCUUGGUCAGCACUACAAACAAAUGUCCUACACAGCUGCCUUCCCACGGCUACAAGUGCAUUACUGGGCCUCUUUUGCCCAGCAGAGGGGAAUCCAGUUGGAGUGUGAUAAAGGCGAGGUCUUUACUCGUGGAGAGCAGAGACUUAUUCCACAGGCUGGUACUGUGAUGCGGAGGCUGAUCUCUGAAUGGAACGUUACUCAGAUGGUCAGUGAACUCUCUCAGGUGACCGUUCACCUGAUGGCCUCCACCUGGGACGAGACGGCAGAUCACCAGAUGAACGCUCAGGUGAAGAAGACUCAUCUGCUCAGCCUGUCAUCUCUCAGCUACCAGCGACAGAGCAACCGCAUGGAGGAGGAGGUGAACCUGAAGGAUGAAUCUAAUGCUCCUUACACUCACAAACUACGUCUGGUGGACCUGCGUGCCUCCUGGACAACCAUGAACAGAAACAUAGCUUUUGGGCUAUAUGACGGUUAUAAAAAGGCGUCUGUGCUGAAGAGAAAUCUGUCCACCGAAGCUCUGAAAGGUCUGAAGAUUGACACGCAGCUACAGACAAAGAAGAUCAAACGUUCUCCUUCCACAUACUCCCCCACUACUGCUCCCAUCAUGCCCAUCGUGUCCACUAUCAGUCGAGCAGAAAAAAGUCAAAAUGAAGGAACUUUGAUGCUGCAGAAGCUGAUUGAAGAAACGGACAAGUUUGUGGUGUUUUCAGAGGAGGACUCAGGUGUGAGCGAUCAGCUGUGUGGGAUCGCUGCCUGUCAGACUGAUGAUGUGUACAACCGCAACUGGUUCAUUGAGCUGGUCAACUGUCAGAUGAUGCUGCGCGGUACAGAGACGGCAGGUUGUGUUCUGGUGUCUGCAGCCAAGGCCCAGCUGCUGCAGUGUGAGCAUCAUCCUGCCUGGUACAACGACACGCUGAAACAGAAAACCACCUGGACGUGUCUGCUGGAUGGGAUGCAGUACUUCGCCACCAUGGAGCUGAAUCCUUCAGACCAAGAGGACAGACAACUGUGGCUGGAGGUGAAAAACAUCGAGGAGCACAGGCAGCGUAACCUGGACGCUGUGCUGGAGCUGGUGGAGGGCGGCCAGGCGGUGGGAGGGAUGGUUAGCACCACCACAGACUGGAACCAGCCUGCGCAGGUGAACGACGCCUCUCAGCAGGUGCAGCGCAUCAUCUCGCGCUGCAGCUGCCGGAUGCACUACAUCAGUUAUAGUCAUGACAUCAACCCCGAGCUUGCCACACAGAUCAAACCACCGGAGAUGAGGAACAACCACGAGAAAGAGGACCUGUUAAAUAAGCGAGCUGGUGCUGUGGAAACAUUCACUCUCAUUCACCAUGACCUGGAGAUCUCCACUAACCCUGUCCAGUACGCCAUGAUCCUGGACAUCGUCAACAACCUGCUGUUACACGUGGAGCCCAGGCGCAAGGAACACAGUGAGAAAAAGCAGCGCAUGCGUUUCCAGCUGGAAAUUUCUAGUAACCCCGAAGAGCAGCGCAGCAGCAUCUUACAUCUGCAGGAGGCGGUCAGGCAGCACCUCGCUCAGAUCAGACGCCUGGAGAAACAGAUUUACUCCAACAUCAAGGCCCAACCUGAAGAACAGAGCAGCGAGGAGCUGAUGGAGAUCAACAUGCGUCUGCAGAACCAGCUGAACCAGGAGAAAAACGACAUGCAGAUGAAGAGCGAAGAGCUCAACAUCCUCAUCAGGUGCUUCAAAGACUUCCAGCUGCAAAGGGCUAACAAGCUGGAGCUGCGCAAGCCCCCAGAGGACGUGAGCGUGGCGAGGAGGACGGAGAUUUACUUUGCUCAGGCUCGCUGGUGUUUGACCGAAGAGGACGGCCAGCUGGGCAUCGCUGAGCUGGAGCUGCAGAGAUUCAUGUACAGUAAGCUGAACAAGUCUGAUGACACAGCAGAGCAUCUGUUGGAGCUCGGGUGGUUCACGAUGAACAACCUGCUUCCAAACGCAGCCUACAAGCGUGUGAGGGUUGUCCUUCGUCCUCAGAGUAACUGCCAGUUGGGCCGUCAGUUCGCUUUGCGCAUCUUCAGCAAAGUGCGCCCCCCGGUGGGAGGAAUCUCGGUGAAGGAGCACUUUGAGGUGAACGUUGUGCCGCUCACCAUUCAGCUCAUGUACCAGUUCUUCAAACGAAUGAUGGGGUUUUUCUUCCCGGGUCGAAACGUCGAGGAGGAAGAGGUCGCUGAUGAGGAGGACAAGUCUAGAAUGGUUACUACUGGUAUCACUGUCAAACCCCGGCCACCGUCAGAGGACACUAUGGGCGCUAUGGGCCCCAGUAAAAGUGUCACCCAGGGGCUGAACCGCACUGCUGGGGUCAGGAGGUCGUUCAGGAAACCUCCAGAGCAUCCAGUCGAUGACAUCGAUAAGAUGAAGGAGCGAGCUGCGAUGAACAACUCUUUCAUCUACAUUAAGAUUCCCCAAGUGCCUCUUUGUGUCAGCUAUAAGGGAGAAAAGAGCAGUGUGGACUGGAAAGACCUGAACCUGGUCCUGCCCUGUUUGGAGUACCAUAACAACACGUGGACCUGGCUCGACUUCGCCAUGGCCGUAAAAAGGGACAGCCGGAAAGCACUCGUAGCUCAGAUGAUCAAGGAGAAGCUGCGCCUGAAGCCGGCUUCGGGCUCGGACCUGCGUGGGAAGGCGUCUGAAGGGAAGUCCGACAACAACCAGCAGCAGCAGCAGGAGGAAGACGAGAAGGCUCGCCUCCUCAUCGGCCUCAGCUCCGCCGACAGGAGCUCCAGCAAGAAGAGCAUCUUCAGUCGACGCAAGUGAAAAACAACUAACGGUUACACGCUGAGCUGGUGAUCCUCACAUCACUUCUUCUCCGUGAAUCAAUGACAGAGACAUCACUCGAGCCUCCUGGUCACGUUUUAAAAGGCUGAUUUCCAGGGAACUCAAAAGACGACCAAAUUUACGUGUUUGCGUGCCGUCACUUUUUCACUCAGCAUUUCAUAAACUUCGGACGCGACCGCUGUGGCUGCAUCGAGCGUAACGAGGAACAUCGACAGCUUGGAGCUAGCUCUUCACUGUCGAUGUUUCCUCUGCUUCUGCUGGUGAAGUCCCCCUCCUGCUGGUCCAGGAGCACCACGAAGGUCAGACCCCGAGCGAAGGAACCGUGAGCACCGUCACUGCAGACAGCUGUAAACAUUAUUAAACGUUAAGAAUGGACGAGUUAGAACAUGUUUUUAUCAUUUAAGGAAGCUGAAUGACUGUCGUUCUGACGGGACGGCUGCUCGUCACAAAGUGUUUUAUAUUUUACUCGUCUGUCAGCGUGCUGUUUUUACUGUGCCUCACCUCAGUGCAAUUGA